UGGAGGAAUGGAGCUCGUCUCACGUGACUUUCCCCUGGGAGGCUGGGUGAGACAAACGAAGCGGUGAACUAGGGUUUAUCUCUCUCUCUCUCUCUCUCUCUCUCUUCCGGUCGCGGGAAGCAAAUUCGCACAAUUCAGCUUGAAAUGAGUGUAAAACCAUAAACCCUCGUUCUAUUUCCCCAAAAGAUAGGGUUUUCUUCCCUUACAUGUUAGGUGUUGCUUAAGGUUUCAACGAGGUGUUCCUGCAGAGAUUUCUAGGGUUUCAGUAACGACUUCGCCAUGUAUCUUUACAGUCUAACUCUGCAACGAGCCACCGGUAUCGUCUGUGCUACUAAUGGGAGCUUCGUCGGUGGAAAAUCCCAAGAAAUUGUUGUGGCUAGAGGGAAAGUUCUUGAUCUGUUGCGCCCCGAUGAAAACGGUAAGAUCCAGACAAUUUUAUCCGUCGAGGUAUUUGGAACAAUCCGUUCAUUAGCUCAAUUUAGGCUAACUGGUUCUCAGAAAGACUAUAUUGUUGUUGGGUCUGAUUCCGGUCGAAUCGUGAUUCUUGAAUAUAACAAAGAGAAAAAUAUUUUUGAUAAAAUUCAUCAGGAGACGUUUGGGAAAUCGGGUUGUCGUCGAAUUGUUCCAGGGCAGUACGUGGCCGUUGAUCCCAAGGGUCGUGCGGUAAUGAUUGGUGCAUGUGAAAAGCAGAAGCUUGUUUACGUUUUGAACAGAGAUACUGCUGCGAGGCUGACAAUUUCAUCGCCAUUGGAAGCGCAUAAGUCUCACACCAUCGUGUAUUCUAUUGCUGGGGUUGACUGCGGCUUUGACAAUCCAAUUUUUGCUGCAAUUGAGCUUGAUUACUCGGAAGCGGAUCAGGAUUCAUCUGGUGUGGCUGCAAGUGACGCUCAGAAACAUGUUACCUUCUACGAGCUUGAUCUUGGGCUGAAUCAUGUCUCCCGGAAAUGGUCAGAACCAAUUGACAAUGGUGCCAACUUGCUUGUCACAGUUCCUGGAGGUGGGGAUGGGCCCAGUGGCGUCCUCGUGUGUGCGGAGAACUUUGUCAUUUAUAAGAACCAGGGCCAAUCUGAUGUACGAGCUGUCAUUCCUAGGCGAGCUGAUUUGCCUGCGGAGCGUGGGGUGCUCAUAGUUUCUGCUGCCACACACAAGCAGAAGUCUAUGUUCUUCUUUCUGUUGCAGACAGAAUAUGGAGAUUUAUUCAAGGUUACAUUGGAUCAUGAGAAUGAACGCGUGAAAGAGUUGAAGAUAAAAUAUUUUGACACUAUUCCUGUUACUGCUUCUAUGUGUGUUUUGAAAUCAGGGCUUCUAUUCGCUGCUUCAGAGUUUGGGAAUCAUGCUUUAUAUCAGUUUAAGGCAAUAGGAGAGGAUGAGGAUGUGGAAUCAUCAUCAGCUACACUGAUGGAAACAGAAGAAGGUUUUCAGCCAGUGUUUUUCCAGCCUAGGGGCCUUAAGAAUCUUGUUAGGAUUGACCAAGUUGAGAGCUUGAUGCCAAUCAUGGACAUGAAAGUUAUAAAUUUGUUUGAGGAAGAGACUCCUCAGAUAUUUACACUUUGUGGCCGGGGCCCACGGUCGUCUCUACGGAUACUAAGACCAGGUUUAGCCAUUAGUGAGAUGGCUGUCUCACAGCUCCCUGGUAUCCCAAGUGCUGUUUGGACGGUGAAGAAAAAUGUUAAUGAUGAGUUUGAUGCAUACAUUGUUGUUUCCUUUGCAAAUGCUACUCUAGUGCUUUCGAUUGGUGAGACAGUUGAAGAAGUUAGUGAUAGUGGAUUCCUUGAUACCACACCAUCACUUGCUGUGUCUCUUUUAGGGGAUGAUUCUCUAAUGCAAGUCCAUCCAAAUGGUAUCAGGCAUAUAAGAGAGGAUGGCCGUAUUAAUGAAUGGAAAACACCUGGGAAGAGGACAAUUGUGAAGGUUGCCUCUAAUAGACUACAGGUGGUUAUUGCUCUGAGUGGAGGAGAGCUUAUCUAUUUUGAGAUGGACAUGACGGGUCAGUUGAUGGAGGUUGAGAAGCAUGAAAUGUCUGGGGAUGUGGCUUGUCUGGACAUUGCCCCAGUUCCCGAAGGGAGGCAAAGGUCCCGUUUUCUUGCUGUAGGGUCCUAUGAUAACACGAUCCGCAUCUUAUCCUUGGACCCUGAUGACUGCAUGCAGAUUCUGAGUGUGCAGAGUGUAUCUUCACCUCCAGAAUCUCUUCUCUUACUUGAAGUUCAAGCAUCAGUGGGUGGGGAGGAUGGUGCUGAUCACCCUGCUAGUGUUUUUCUUAAUGCUGGUUUACAGAAUGGGGUGCUCUUCAGAACUAUGGUUGAUAUGGUGACAGGUCAACUUUCUGACACCCGUUCCCGUUUCUUAGGACUCAGAGCCCCAAAACUAUUUUCUGCAAUAGUAAGAGGUAAGCGGGCAAUGCUUUGCUUGUCUAGUCGGCCUUGGCUUGGUUAUAUUCACCAAGGACACUUCUUGUUAACUCCUCUUUCAUAUGAGACUCUCGAAUAUGCUGCCUCGUUUUCCUCUGAUCAGUGUGCAGAAGGUGUGGUUGCUGUUGCUGGGGAUGCAUUGAGGGUUUUCACAAUUGAGCGGUUAGGAGAGACAUUCAAUGAAACUACAAUUCCUUUGAGAUAUACUCCAAGGAAGUUUGUCUUUCAUCCCAAGAGGAAACUGCUGGUGGUGAUUGAGAGUGAUCAGGGAGCAUUCACUGCAGAAGAGCGCGAAGCUGCAAGAAGGGAAUGUCUGGAGGCUGCCGGAGUGGGGGAGAAUGGAAAUGGUAACAUGGAGCAGAUGGAAAAUGGUGGUGAUGAUGAGGAGAAAGAUGAUCCUCUAUCUGAUGAGCAGUAUGGUUACCCAAAAGCAGAGUCAGACAAGUGGGUGUCUUGCAUCAGAGUUCUUGAUCCUAGGACAUCAAGCACCACAUGCCUUUUAGAGCUUCAGGACAAUGAGGCUGCAUUUAGUGUAUGCACUGUGAACUUUCAUGACAAGGAAUAUGGAACUCUUUUGGCUGUUGGUACAGCAAAAGGAUUGCAGUUUUGGCCCAAGAGAAAGUUCACGGCAGGCUUUAUUCAUAUUUAUAGGUUUGUGGAAGAUGGAAAAUCUCUUGAGCUUUUGCAUAAAACACAAGUAGAGGGUAUUCCUCUCGCUUUGUGCCAGUUUCAAGGAAGAUUGCUUGCUGGGAUAGGACCAGUACUCCGAUUAUAUGAUUUAGGGAAAAGAAGAUUGCUUAGGAAAUGUGAGAAUAAGCUCUUCCCCAACACAAUCAUCUCCAUCAACACAUAUAGGGACAGGAUUUAUGUUGGCGACAUGCAAGAGUCAUUCCAUUACUGCAAGUAUAGGAGGGAUGAAAAUCAACUAUAUAUAUUUGCAGAUGAUUGUGUUCCCAGAUGGCUUACAGCAUCACACCACGUAGACUUUGAUACCAUGGCUGGUGCUGACAAAUUUGGGAAUGUAUAUUUUAUGCGACUACCACAGGAUGUCUCAGAUGAGAUUGAAGAAGAUCCAACCGGAGGCAAAAUUAAGUGGGAACAAGGAAAGCUGAAUGGUGCCCCCAAUAAGGUAGAAGAAAUCGUACAGUUCCAUGUGGGUGAUGUGGUCACAUCCUUGCAUAAGGCAUCUCUCAUACCAGGUGGUGGAGAGUGCAUCAUUUAUGGGACUGUAAUGGGGAGCUUGGGGGCUUUUCUUCCUUUCACGUCUAGGGAGGAUGUUGAUUUCUUUUCUCAUUUGGAGAUGCAUAUGAGGCAGGAGAAUCCACCUCUAUGUGGAAGAGAUCACAUGGCCUACAGAUCAGCCUACUUUCCAGUAAAGGACGUAAUUGAUGGAGAUCUCUGCGAACAGUUCCCAACAUUGCCUCCAGAUUUGCAGAGGAAGAUUGCAGAUGAACUGGAUCGAACUCCAGGGGAAAUAAUGAAGAAACUUGAAGAUGUUAGAAACAAGAUCAUCUGAGAGGCCUUAUCUAUUUGAUCUUAUUAACGGGCAACAAAUGGGCUCUCGGUGUAUAAAUGUCAUGCAAGCUGGUAAACAACCUGGUACCUGUUAGGAAGGAUGGAUUUGGAUCACCAUUUCAAUUACUUGCAGAACUGAACGAGCUUAACUUGGAAGCCCUUUUCUGGCCCAUUUGGCGUCUGGAUGUAAUUUUCUUGGUCGUCUGCUUCAACGGUGGAGAUAACUUGGGAAAAUGACCUGCACGAAAUCUGUAGUAGUUGGAAUUUCAGUGGCGUUGGAUUUGAGCUUUUUUUUUCUUUGGCAAUUUAUGUUUACCUAAUCCUCUCGCCAAUCACUUUUGCUAGAGUCAUUGAAGUCAUUCAGGAACAAUUAAAAUAGAUAUAGGGUUCAUCUUUGGAAAUUUCCAGAUUGUUACAAAGUUGUAGGCAUUAUUUGGUAGCUAUCUUGAGGCUAACGUUCUGCAGUGGCUCCCGAGAAACCCAUCUCAGACAAUCAUGACAUUUCAUCUCCCAUGUUUUGUUGCUGAAACUUGAAAGUCCUUUUAUGCCUAAACCUGAGGGCAUGAAAUGAGGCUUCAUCUCAUGGA